AUGCCAGUUGGUGCGUGCAUGGAUCCGUUCACGAAGCGACAGAUCGCCAUGUUUGACCUUAACAAGGAUCACAACCUUGUUACGGAAACUGAGUGGAUCGCGUGGUUUCACGCGGCGUUCGAAGAAAACCCUCAGGAUCUGGACGUCCUGAAGAGGCGGCUGACGUCCGCUAUUCGAUUCGACAUGAAGAUUUUGGACGCCGAGUCCAGGGUCGGUCGUAUGCUAGACGACCUUAUGCGGGUGCUGGAGCACGACCACCAAGAACGGAUGGGGGGUGCCAUCCUACCUGAAACGCUGAAGAGUGCUGUACAGAAGCAGUUACAGCUCCAGCGAAACAAGAGCUUGAAAAGCGACGUAUUUCGCUUUGUGAACUGGCUUCGGCAGUUUUCUGCCGGUUUCCAGCUGUACGUCGGUCUAGAAGAAGAGUCUGUCGUUGCGCCGACGUCAAAGACGGAUGGUGAAAGGAGCAGUCGCGAGGCGAAGCAGCGCCAAGAAGCGGCGCGGCGUAUGUUUGAAAUGCGGCGAGAUGAACGCGCUGGCCAAGAAAGGAUCAACGUGCUGGCGGACAAGUCUAAUCGCCGCUCGACAGAUCGCGGUGCGCACGUGGAAGACAUUGUCCGAGUCGAGAACGUCCUACUUGACACGGGGGCAGACGUAAACGUCGUUUCGCGCGGCGUUAUGGAGGCGCUGGCAACGGGCGGCAUCGCUGUGGACGUCGUGGAACAUGCCAAGCCACAGCUCGUCUUCCCCUAUGGAGAGACAGCUGCGCCGUUGAAAAUGUCGCGGCGUGCCACGUUUGGCAAGGUGACGCUUGAGACGACGUGCGGUCCGCUCGUUCUGCGCGGACUGAAGGCCUGGAUCGACGACACUGCCUCGACGAUCGACCUAAAUAUCAGUCGUCCCGUCAUGGAGGUGCUCGGGUUCUCAGUAGACGACCUGCUCGUCGGAGCGCGGCGGCAGAAGUCGGAGUGGGACGUGUCCGACGGCGUGGAAGAUCCGCCCGAUCCCUGUAUCGAUGACAACGAUGGCAUGCAAUGUGCCACGGCCGAAGUCGUGGACCCAAAGUUUACCGGGGACAGUGACGAAGUUCGUCGCGAGAAACGCGAUCGUGUGCUGGCGGUGCUUAUAGCCAGAGUGAAUGAAGCUCAACGGCGUGGACUCGACGCCGACGACAUGCAACGACUGACGGCGUUGCUAAUGAAGCACGUAGAUGUAUUCCGCGAAGACCUUGGUAACGAUCCGACUGUGAAAGUCGAACCCUUAAAGGUGCGGAUCAAGCCCAAUGCAACGCCGGUGAAGUGCAUCAUGCGACGUUACCCGCCGGCGCACGUGGAGUACAUGCGCGAGCAUGUGGAGGCACUGGAAGCGAAUGGAAUUGGGGCGCUGCGAAUGACGAUCGAUAGUCGUCCUAUCAACGCCUGCACGGACCCGAUGCCGUGGCCCAUGCCCAACCUGGACAGUGCCCUAGUUUGCCUCGAAGGAACGAGCGUCUACUUCACCCUUGACUGGACCAAGGGGUACUGGAAGCUGCCAUUGCACGCAGACUCGCAGGAGUAUUUCUCCUUCAUGACCCCUUUCGGCGUCUACACGCCGACUCGCGUGCUGAUGGGACAGACUGACGCGGUGGCGUGCUACGACCUCCUUGGGUCCGCCAAGACGACCGCAGACCUGUUUGUCCUGUUGGACCAAGUUCUGUCCAUUUGCGCUGCGUACGGGCUCAAGCUCAGCCAGAAGAGGUGCCACUUCUUCCUACGCGAAGCCGAAUGGUGCGGCAAGGUGAUUUUGGCGGCUGGCAUGAAGCAUUCUCCCAGCCGAAGUCAAGUCUGGUCGAUCUGGCACCCCCCAUAA